CACUGCCCGACGUUGACUUUACCAUGGCGACUAUGGCUACAGAGAGGUUGACCCUCAUAGCGUAAACAGUCGAGAAGCCCAGAAAGCCAAGGAAGGCCAGCGUGUGCCUGCAGCCCCACCAAGCGCGAGGACCUGUGAGGCGUCGGAGAGUAAGCGACGCAAACAAAGCUGGUGGCGUGAAGAUUUCCAUCGCUCACUCAGCACGCCCAUGCGGUACUCUGUUGCACGCCUUACAAGCUUAGCCAGAUCCUUAUGCAAAGCAGAUUUGUCCUGGAGCAUCCCCCGCAUCUUUCAGCCUCUGAAAAUGGAAGAAACAAAGAAUGAGAAGAUUCUUCUGGUCUUCGAUUUUGAUCACACACUAAUUGACAGCAACAGUGACACCUAUAUCUACAAGCUUGCCCCUGGUGGAAAAAUUCCUGAUAGCUUGAAGUCAUUAUACCGAAAAGAUGGAUGGACACAUUAUAUGGCAGAAAUAUUCAAGUAUCUGCAUGAAAAUGGUAUAACCAAAGAAGAUAUAUUUAAGUGUUUAAAUGAAAUUCAGCUAACAAAUGGAAUGGAAAAACUAUUAAAUAGUGUGCCUAAAGGAAAGAGUGAAUGCAUAAUUAUAUCAGAUGCUAAUUCUGUUUUCAUUGAUCAUAUCUUGAAUAAUUUUGGUGUACAGCACCAUUUCAGAGAAGUGUUUACAAACCCAGCCAAAUUUAAUGAUGAAGGUUGUCUUACCAUAGAAAUGUACCACCUUCAAAACUGGUGUACACUGAGUACAAAAAAUCUGUGUAAGGGACACAUUCUAGCAAACUAUAUAAAAUCACGGGAGAAAGAAAAUGUAACCUUUUCAAGUAUAGGAUAUGUGGGUGAUGGUGUGAAUGACUUUUGCCCAAGCUUGAGACUGCAAGAAUGUGACCUGGUAUUUCCUCGUCGUGGGUACAGUUUGAUGCAGCAUAUUCCAAAAAUGGAGACUGAACAAAAUCUCAAAAUAAAAGCUAAUAUCUGUCCAUGGGAGAUAGGCAAAGACAUCCUGGAUCGAAUAUUGUUACGUUUUGAUAACCUUGGGUCCACAAAAGCUCCUGUGCCAAGACUUUGCAUUCCUUUUGAUGAUUCAUAAGUGAAUUGCUGCUUAUGUUUAGGAAAUUUGUAGAUUACGCAAGAAAGGGAUAUUUUGUUUAUUUUCCAAUGAGGUGCUUUGACUGUUGGCAGGGGUCUAUUUGCUGUUGUUAUGCAAUAUUUAUGUAUGAACUCUACAACUCUCAUUGUCACACCUUUCCACAACCUCUAAGGAUUGUUAACACUUGUUUAAUUUCAUUGUUGUGUGACACUUACAAUAUCUACUUUACUUUUGUAUGUUCUGGUCUAAUUUGCUUUCCAUUUUGUACAGUUGGCUUCAUCAUCUCAAGGUACUACUUUAGACUAUCUUCAUUUUACUUUAAAUCUUUACUCAUUACAUGUUCUACUUCAUAUUUGGAAUAUAGACUUUUGGUCUUAAUUUAUUGUUCAGAUUACAUAUCUAUAUUAGUAUUACUGUAAUUGCCCUACCGUGUUGUGCCUGCAUUAUUUUGAUGCUCAUUGGUCUUUAAUUGUAUUAUCCUAUAGUUCCCCACAUUAUCUACUUUCUUGCAUAGCUUAUUUUGUCUAAAUUCAGUGUAUUAAGGUCAUCUAAGUUUUCCUGAACUUUUCUUUAUCAGCCUCACUCUAAAGAUGUCUGCUCUACCUUCACCAUUUUGUGUCUUCCCUCUUCACUACUUUUGUCCAUUAUACUUUAAUGGAAUAUGACUUCAUACUUUCCAAGGCAUUAUAUUCAGCAAUUUUUAAUAUAUCAAGGUGCACUUAGGGAGCUGAUUCCAUUGUAAUUACUAUAUUAAAAUUUAUCAGCUUCCUUUUCUUUGUAAACUGAAGAAAGUUCCUUUUCCUUGGUAUCUAGGUAUCUUAUUUUGUUUCAUUUUACUUUUUUUUUCUUUUAAUCUGUAAGUAGGCACUUAACUAAGUCUUUAAUUCAUCCUCUGCACUUCUUAACUUCUGUUCAACUUUCAUCCAUUACUAUGGCUGCAAAGAAAUCUUAAUGUUAUAGAUACAAAAAAUUUUAACUGUGCUGGUCAGAAUGUUUUUUAGUUUAGGUUUCACUUGAAAAUUUUCUUUAUGGUUUCUUUUGAGAAAUACAAGUAAAGAUUUUAUUUUUCAGUAUUUUCAAAAUAAAUAACAUUGCUAUUUUUAGCUCAGUAUAUUUAGUGAAAAUUAAACAGGGCUUCUUGUUUUCUACAUUGAUCUUACUUAUCACAAAGGAGAGUGCAAGUUAGCUGAGUAUACUGAUUUUAAAAUAUGCACAUGUACUUAAAAAGUGAUGUUUCAAAAUGAAUACCCCAUUCUUAAACUUACCCACAGUAACAUCUUUAGGAAAUUAUACUGUUUUCUGGCUCACACUCUAAGGUGAACAGACUGGAUUUUGAAAGGUGAGUUUCAUGUCUGCAUGAAGUAGCUUUUAUCACAUAGUGGUAACUUGCCAAGCUGUAAGGUUAUAGAUAACUUAUUUAUCAAAUCUCUGUUGUAUCUAGCCCUUUUAUCUGUGGUCUUCUCACUCAGUUUAUCUUCUACUUCAAAAUACUGACAUACUUUACACAUCAUGUUAAGUAUGAUAUAUGUACUUGUACAGAGGUUUCGGUAUAAAUUUCAGGGGAAUGUUUGGAAUUUUUUUUUCUAUAAUCACCAAGAACAGCAGCUGGUAUAGUUAUCAUGUCAUACAUUAGCAGUUGGUAUAAAUAUACCAUUGUUAUAUCUAUGAUCAUAAAAUAGAUUUAAAAAAUAUGUUACCAUUCAGAAUGUGCUUCAUAUAACCCUCUUAUUAUAUAACCUUGUUAUCCUGUCACUAGUUUUUGAAGCAUGUGAUCGUAGUGAUAUCUCUUGGUUAUCUUACCACUUAAAUUAUCUUAUUAUUGUAGGACUGAUAUGGUCAAACAUGAUGGUGUACGUUUGCACACUCCUGGAUAAUUUUUGUGAAAAACUAAUUGAAAUAUUUAUUACUGUAUGUAAAAAAUGAAAACUUACAUAUAUGCAUUGUAGUGACUUAAAUGUCCUUCAUGAAGUACAACUGAGUAAUUGAUGUGUUUUCUUCUUGAUGAACUGGAUAUUAUAUUGUUCUGAGAGAUAUCUUUGGUACAAAUAUGAUACUUAAUAAAGAAGUGGCAAUAUUUGAACAUAAA